ACAUCGGGUAUGGUGUUUGGGAAAUCUGGAGCGGUUUCCGAGCGAGUAAAUCGGACACGAUUCGAGUACUGAAAAUAGGCGUGACGUCAAAGGAUCACAUGGAAAUCGAUAAUUUGAUACGGUCGAGGACGAACUUUCGAGGCAUCGAACUCAAAGCGACCACUGUGAUAACCGAUUUUGAUAAUUUUUUCGGUUUCGAUCAAACGCCAAACACUGCGACCGGCUUCGAUGUGUACACGCAUAUGCACUAUCCAAUGGUGCAACUUUUAGCUUACCAACUGAACUUCAAGUUUAACAUUAGCUUUACUAACGACUACGGUUGGUCUUACGGCAACGGUUCGUUUUCCGGUCUGACCGGUGUUUUGCAAAGAGAAGAAAGUGAUUUAGGCGCUGUUGGAACUAUAAUGCGAGUCGACCGAAUGACGGCAGUCGAUUAUACUGUCGGAACAAUUUCUUUAGAAAACAAUAUACUGUUCAGACAACCUAAGCUGUCGAGCAUCAAAAAUAUUCACAUUCAACCAUUUAGAAAUGAAGUUUGGCUCAUAAUUUUGUUUCUAUUCGUCGGGUUCGUCACGAUUAUAAUACUCAUGAAUAGAUUCAAAGCUAACGGCAAAAAAUCGUUAACUAUACUGGACAUCAUCGAACUGGUUCUAGGUGCUAUAUGUCAACAAGGUACAGUAAAUGUCUUGAACAUGAUCUCUAUAAAAGUGGUAGUGAUUGUGUUAUUCUUGACUUCAUUAUUUAUUUUUAACGCGUAUUCGGCGAAAAUCGUAAGUUUAUUUCAGUCGACAAGCGUUACAAUAAAGAACAUAAACGAUUUUGCAAAUGAAAAAUCAGUGACAAUGAGUAUACAGAUAAGCCCAUAUGCAAAACCGUUGAAAAAAAACAUAGCUCACCAGUUAAUCAAUAGAAAAUGGCUAGAAGCAGAGAAGUGUGGAUUAUCUGAAAUUCAAAUAUUUCAACUGCCCACUCUAGCGAUACCUGUAAUUAAGAAAUCUGGUCAUAGGGAUGUGUUCAAACAAAAGUUGAUACAGCAGCAAGAGGUCGGAAUUAGGAAACGUUUUAUUGAACGAUGGACACCGCCAAAACUGACAUGCGAUUCCAUGAAAAUAAAUAAGAACUAUGUCAGCGUCUCGGUCAAAGAAAUAUAUCCAACGCUUAAGCUAUUCAGUUACGGAAUAUUAUUGUCCUUUGUGGUGUUUACAUUUGAGUUAGCCUCCGAUUACUUCUUUGAUAAUAAUUAAC